AUAAGCUGUUGUGAAAUUAGCUGAUAGGUGUCUCGGUUAUGGGAUGGGGGUAUGCUUACCGUCCCUUGAAGAGGUGAUGUGAGGGUUGGAACCCAUGAUGGAGGCUCGGGCCAUGCCCUCGCUAAGCACUGACCAAAGUCCCCGCUCAGCAUUGGCCAUUGCUCCACUGCUAAAUUGGUUUCUCCUUUUCUACACUUUUCUACUCUAUUCUUUUGACGUCACGUAUUUGUCAAACAGUUUCUUGGAAGACUCCAGAAACUCUUCCUCUCUCUAUAUAUAGAGGAAGAGAUUGCAUGUAUGUAGUCUUCACGCACUUCUUAAUUGAAUAUUCGAAACCACACCUUUGAGCUAUUCGAGGUCUGGCCUCUCACAGGUGAUGAGGGAACGAGCUACUUCGUGCAGCAUCUUGAACAUUUCUAUCUCAACCGGAUGAUCGCAUAAGGGCUGCAGUCUCUCCAGGCUGUUGAGAGCCUUCCUUACUAGUAUCGGAUGAACUAGAGGUGCUGCCAACAUCAAAUUAUCUAUCGAUUCUGGUAUCUCAGUCUGUUCGAAAGCUUGUUCAAACAAUACUCGAUGACGUUUGACGCCCAUUUGAAACCCCACCGUUACGGUACCACGGAUAAAAGUCAUAUAUUCGAGAAGUCCAUCUUCAAGCAGAACUGACUGGAAUAGAAGCGAGAAGCAAGCUGCCAACAUUGCGUUUCCCUGCUCAAAAUUGGCAAGACCGGCGGUAAUCGCUACAUUAAGUUUUGUGAUUGCUGUUACGCGGUGGGAGAUGGCGGUGCAAGAUAGGGCUUUGGAGGUCACGGGAUUGGGCUCUUCGUCUGCGAGCUCAGAAGCGCUUAAAGCCAGCAUUGCGUGGAGAAGAUACCCAUGCUGUCGUCGGGUUAUUACCAUCUCAAUUGUAUCCUCUGGGAAGAGAACAGCUUACCUCGUGAGCAAUAGCGGGAAUUUCGUGCUUCCAGACCGACUCACUUCCGGUUGGAUGGUGUGGAUAUGCACUGUCAAUGAAAUUUUGGAAUAGUCUGAAAUCAUUGGCAUUGAAAACCGGGCCUUGAACUUGUGGCAAUGCAGGAAUUGAGUCUGGGGGUCCCGUUCUUCGUGCCAAAGCCCUACUUGGAAUAGUUUGUGCCUGUAGCUGUAUAUUAUCAGGCCACUUGCAAGCUAAGUUUCGGUGAGCGCAGUAAUCGCAUGCUGGGCGAUUUUCUUUGCACUAUAUGUAUAUAUUAGCGAUCGCUAUGACUCUAUUUUCAAAACGACGUCUUUUAACAUUGAUACCUUGAUUCUAGCUCUUUUGCAAUUGAAGCAACCCCGUCUUGCUUUUGUGUGCCCUUUUCUUUCUCUCUUUUUCGUUGUGACAACACCUCCCGAAGGCUCGCUUUGCAAUGACAGUGGUGUAUGAGAAUCUCUUGGUACUGAGAAGUUUUCAUUCAACGAUCGCAGAGUACCAGAAGAUUCAUCCGAAAUUUCCGGGGUGAGUUCAGAAAGGAGAUUUGACAUAUUGACUACUUUCCCGUCUCUUCGAAAUUGCACUCGGUUGUUGGAUUGGAAUUAAGAGCACUCAUAAGUCCCUUGAAUGUUUCUUCGUCUUACUACGUCGUUAUUCGAGCGUUGAAUAGACGCCCUUAAUGCAAUUGUGAUGUGAACUCGGCAAUUCUAGGGGGUAGAAUGCAUCUUGAAGUUUGCAGAGCAUACUCAGGAGACGUGAACGAUGUUGUUGUAUUCCUUUCAGCUGAAUGAUAUGAAAUAGGAGGCUAUGCAAAGAAUGAUAGCUGCCUAAUUCUUGUGGCUUAAGGAGGCUUACAGCUUUAUUGGUAAUCACAUGACAGCCCCCCUCAUUAUCACAAGAAGGUCUUUAGGGACAUCAGAAUACAAGAGAAUAUAGAACGCCGGAUUCUGGUGUCAUCACAAGAAGCUGUGCGAUUAGCCUCGAGUUGAGUAGCAACUCUCAUGAGUAUGAUGUCUGAUCUUGGAAUAUCCCCGGGGCCGCCAGUGAAUUCGUUGUUACACAUGACAUAAUUUUCAACCUUAUAUCUAACCAAUCAUCUGUCACCCAGCUUUGUAAGGGACCCAUUGUGCUAGCGAUACUUACACAAUCAACGCCAUUGUACUUAGCUUAACAAGAUAGAUAAGUUCUAAUUGUCGCAAAUCGCUCGUAUAAAUAAUUUAGCUGUAGAAGGCUUUUAGGAUAUGAUUAUUCAAACCUUGGUGUUUAGAAUAACGACAAAAUGUCCUAUAUCUGAAAUCGCCUCCAUACUAUAUUUGGGCGUCAGUGCCUUCACUUGUGUAACCGCAUGGAGGACCAGUGUCUAAACUCUUGAAUACAUUGCCGGUUCUUGAGGACUUCGAUCACUGCUCGUUUGCUAACGUUCAAAGACCAUGAUCCGGAAAGUCGUCGGGAACGAAGCCUUCCAAGUUGCAUCUUUCGAUACGGAGAAAGAUGUAAAGGCGACAAGAAUGAAAAAGAAAAAGUGAAAUAUUUAAUUUAGCAAAGAAGAGAAAGGAGUUGUCAUCAAAAGUUAGUUGGAGGUUGUAGGUGGCAUAGGUGGCAUCCAUAGGUAGGCGAAGAGGGGCACCCAGUCACGUGGAGAUUGUAGAUCUCGCGUCAACUUCGUGGCCCCUGCGCGCCCUACGCGACGACAUGGGAACGGCUAUUUGUACUUACCUGAGGAGGACCUGGAUCUUGGUCCUUGGACUUCGGAACUCAACAUCUUGAACAGCCAAGACGAGGAGCCCCUUUGUCUUUGGUGAAUGAACGCAAAAGCUGGCUACCACAAUCAUCCCCAUCACUUCCACCUUUGGAAAACACAUCCAGGGCAUCUUUUUCAUCUUCAAGAUGGCAGGUUCCUCAGCACCCGCAUCCGCAUCCGCAUCCGCAAAGAGGAAGCACAGCACCCUCGAUGCGCCUGUCUCCCCUCCCCCCUCACGUCGCAAGCUUCAAUCCUCGACAACGAGUAUGUACUGCCCUUCCCUGACCACAGUAGUACUCACACUCGCACUCGUACCUGUCGAACUUGGCCCAGCUAACAGGUCGGUGACAGAGUCCGCUGUUUCCUCAUUCUUCACCCCCGCAUCCCAGAAGCUCCCGGAGAAGAUCAACUGGCAAGAACGUUCUCCCGACGAAUCGUCACCUACUACCCUGCUUGUGGCGAAAUAUAUCCCAGAGAACUCGAGCUCUGGAUUUGGUGCACACGAUAACAAGAACAAGAAAGUUGCUGCAUUUGAUUUCGUUCGUAAUCUCCGCUCUCGAUCGAGAAGGUCUGAGUAACUCUGACAUGGAUUUGUCUUGUAGGAUUCUACUCUCAUCAAAACCUCCUCAGGCAAGAAGUUUGCUUCCAACAGCGAGGACUGGAAAUGGUGGGAUCCAUCAGUGCCCGGAAGACUUCGAAAGCUCCAUAAUGAGGAAGGGUACGUUGCAUUCCGCUUCCAAGAGAUGGGAUUAAAUAACCAACAUCGUCUUAGUUAUCGGGUCGUAAUUGUCAGUAACCAGGGGGGAAUUGCUUUGAAAGCGGAUCCGAAAGUUUCCAAAUCAAAUCAAUCAAAAGUGGCCGUAUUCAAGGCCAAGGUUUCGGCCGUCUUGAAUCAGCUGGACCUACCAGUCAAUCUCUACGCAGCUACCGAGAAAGAUAUAUAUCGUAAGCCACGCACAGGAAUGUGGACAGAAUUGCUGGACGAUUACGAUAUUCAUCCUGAUGACCUUGAUCUGGAGCACUCUCUUUUCGUUGGUGAUGCUGCUGGGCGUCACGCGGAAGCGGGGCGAGCAAAAGACUUCAGUUGUUCUGAUCGGUAUGCCCCAAUUCUUCGUUCAAGUGAUUACAAUUUUCACACAAGAUAGCGAUUUUGCAGGGAACAUUGGUCUCAAGUUUCAGACUCCGGAAGAGUUCUUUCUCGGCGAAUCACCUAGGCCCUUUGCUCGCACCUUUGAGCCAUCGGAAUUUGUGGCCCGUUCUGCGGCUGAAGGUUUGUCACAGUGUAACGUUCUACUACUUGACGGGAACGAUAACUUAUCUCUUGCCUAGUUUUUGCGCCCUUUCUGAAGAAAAAUAAACAAGAUAUCGUCAUGUUUUGUGGAAGUCCAGGUGCUGGAAAGUCUACGUUCUAUUGGAAAAACCUUGAACCAAUCGGGUAUGAGAGAGUCAAUCAAGACAUCUUGAAAACAGUGUGUAUUACAUGUUACAGAGCGUGAUCAUUAUUCUGAUACUCAAGCAGCGGGAGAAGUGUUUGAAGGUUGCAGACGAGUUCUUGAAAGAAGGCAAAUCAGUGGCAGUUGGUUAGUAUUAUCGACUUUCGCAGAAGGUGUAUGCAUACUAAUUUUGCCAUAGACAAUACCAAUGCCGAUGUCGCUGUUCGAAAAAAGUGGGUGGACCUCGCUGCAAAGCAUUCCGUGCCGAUCCGCUGUGUACUUUUCAGUGCUACCACCAUGCUCUCCGAGCACAAUGCUGCAGUUCGAGCGUUUAACAAAAGUGUGAGUGAUCUCCCUCUCCUCACCAAUGCAAUGCAUUCGAUCCCAACGAAGAGUUGCUGUAUGCAAAGCCUUGUCACAUAUGGACGUUGGCAUGUGAGUAUGUAGCUCAUCAUUUUGUGCAGAUGAACCCUGAGAAUCGACCCAUUCUCCCAGGUAUGGCAUUCAAGGGUUUCACUUCACGGUAUCAUGCCCCUCAGUUGAGUGAGGGAUUUCAAGAUAUCACAGAAGUGGCUUUUCAGGUACGCCUAUCACUCAAGCCUACAACAUUAUUAUAAUUUCACCUGUGCUAAUCGGACUGCUUGAGAUUAGUUUCAGGGGACUGAUACGGAGAAAGAAGUGUGGUUACGACAUUGGACUUAAGAAAUUUGCCAAAGUGGGUGUGAAGAGCAGCAGUCUGUAUGUUGUGCACCAGACUACAGCCGCAUCAUCAAACCUAAUUCGGCCUCUUACACCGGGCAUUGCGUGUUCAAUAAUACCCCUCUUCGUAUCCCGAAGUGAUGUGAAAAUUAUUUCUGUUCAAUUGAGGGGUCGAUUGAUACCCGGAUAUCGAUCAUCAUCAAAACUCAACUUCACAGUUCGGGCUAAGCCUAAAAGAAUUCUUUUUCUUUUGAGUGACUGCAAAUACGACCUUUAGCCAUCAAAAGCCUACUUUUCUGGAGUUCCGGCGAACGCUGUGGAAGUCAAAGAUGGAGAGAUAUGAUGAGCAUUAUUGAAACGCUCGAGUUCUUCGUUACUGGAUACUAGAAAAAUCCCCACGGUGCGAUUUUGUUCUGCAAUUCUCACCAUGAAAAUUUGGAUUUUAUUAAUCACGUUAUGGUGCUGUUUCCUGCUGACAUUCGG